AGUCUAUUUCAGUUUAGAUUUUAGAUUUUUGUAAUCCAGUACUACGCCAUGAAAACUACUAUUUUUAACUUUAUUUUAUUUGUGCAACAGCAAUGUUCAAUUUGUAACAGCUUAAUUUCUAUUAGGGAUAUAUGUUAUUUUCCAUUCCAGAUAUAAUACCUAGAACAAUUAAGAAAAUAAAACUUUAAUAUGAGCGUUAAUUGCAUCUCUAGAAGAGGUUUCAGAGAAAACCUACAAAGACCGGCGGCGCCGAAAGAAAGAGUUGUUCCGGCGUUUUCAGUACAAACGCUUCAGCGAGGAACUGUUGUCAAACAGCCUCCCAAAACACCAAUCAAACCAUACACCAUCAAUCGAUCUUCGUUCAAAAAAUUCUACAUUCGUGGUGAUUACCCCAUUGCAAUGGAGUUUGACACGUUUGGAUGCAAAAUAGGCUGGAAGGUAGAUAUAGACAGCCUCGACUAUCACCAUUACCUGCCAAUGUUUUUCGAUGGACUUUGUGAAACAGAACAUCCGUACAACUUCUUUGCACGACAGGGCAUAAUGGAUUUACUCUCAAAUGGCAAAAAUAAGAUCUUACCAGUUCUGCCCCAACUGAUCAUACCGAUAAAAAAUGCACUGAAUACGAGACAUGCCGUCGUAGUGGCCACAACAUUGAAGGUCAUACAGAAACUCGUCACAUCGGGAGACAUGAUUGGAGAAGCACUUGUUCCUUAUUACAGGCAGAUCUUACCUGCCCUCAACUUCUACAAGGACAUGAAUGUCAACUGUGGGGACUGUAUCGACUACAGUCAGCAGAAGAAGGAGAAUAUUGGAGACCUGGUAAGAGAAACCUUGGAAACUCUCGAAAAAUAUGGCGGUGAAGAUGCAUUCAUCAACAUCAAAUACAUGAUCCCAACAUACGAAUCCAGUGUCAUCACUUAGAUGGACAAAAUGUGAUAGCAAGCAAUCGUCAUAUGAAUUGAAUUAUUAUUUCGUCAAGAGGUCUUCAUUGAAAUUUAAUAUUAUUAGAAACAUAAUUAUAGAGCUGAACGAAAAACCAAUAAGGUGAACUUUAGAGCAAGAUAUUAUUAAGCUCUGGUAGAAUAUUUGAAACAAAAGAUUACUGUAACGUUCGGAAAAUUCGCACUGAACAAUUUACGGGACAUACACUUACGGGACAAUAAAGAAGUUUCAAAAUCAAUGAAUAAAAAUCAAAUUUCUAGUCUCCAA